UCUCAACUGUCUGCCUGAAACAUAGGAGAUCCUAUGCCAAAAACAGACCACUUGUGCCUAGCUUAUGCCCAAAAGAAACUAAACCCGCAAGCCAAGCGCCCACCCCGCUCUUCUAUGAUCUACGGCGACGACCAGGGCUCGAGCGCGCCGCACAGCAACCACGCAACCCAACGCUCGAGCCGCAUGGUCGCCCGUUUCCGAGCCGGUUCCAGCUUCGCGGCCCCAUGGACCUGAUGAUUCCUUGCCCUCACCUCUUCUUACCACGCUUUAGCGUCUGUUCGCCAGAGACGCCAUUUGAACCGCUAGAUGGAAACCCUAUCUCAAUCAAGACGCUACUUGCGUUUUUCCUGCGCUUCUGACUGGCGAAUAUGUCGCUGGCUUCGAGUUGGCUUCAAGGCCGUUCCCUGUCGACCUCUUAGAUAGAACUCAAGGUUGCCUCCCAUCCCUCAGAGGCUCUCAGCUAACGGAGCAGCCCAGGAACCUUCGCCAGCUUCGUCCCACCAUUGAUCUCGUCUCCUCAUUCACACACAUGGAUGACUCCCCAACACAUGAGCCGCGUUCCCAAGAUCCUCGAGGGCGUCGGAGAUUGUCUUCGGACCUCUUUUGGACGAGCGUUUAGUGACGAUGGUCCCGCCCGCUACCUUCGUCUAGACUCGUGUGUUCAGGUCGCCCGGCUCUCCACACCCGGGACACUAAGCUAUUCUUAAGACUGGCUCGUACAUCGAGAUAUGAAGCUACCCCUAAACCUAUCUGCCACUUCGGUUGAGACGUCCUUGAUAUGUAUAUCGAGUAGCCCCUCCCUUGACCCUGACGGGUCCAUUUCUCUUCCCGUCGUCCGCUCUCUGUAUCGUCUUCCCCGGUCUUGUCCCGUCGACUCGGAUCACACUCUGCACAUCCCAUUCUACCAAGCUGUAAACCGACGAUCCAAUGUCACCCUCGUCAUGACGCCCACGUGAAGGAGAAAAGAAAUAAUACCGCCUACCAAGGGAAUACUCGUGGAUGCUUCGAUCCCAUCAUGGAGGAUCGCAGCGGGCAAGUGCUGGCCGUGGCGGUCCUCUUCUUCAUAUUAUGUUGGAUCGCCGUCGGCCUGCGCAUAUACUGCCGUGGUUGGAUUACACGAUCGCUCGGCACCGAUGACAAGAUGAUGAUUGCCCUCAUGCUCAUCUUCACCAUCUACCUCAUCACUCAGAUUCAAGGAGUUCGAUAUGGAACAGGCCGACAUAGAACCGAUCUCACCCCGGAACAUAAUCGGGACGCUCUCAUGUACUGGUACAUCUGCGAACUACUCUACAUCAUAUCAACCUGCCUUCUCAAGAUAUCGGUUGGCUACUUUCUCAUCCGCGUAUCUAUCCGCCGGAGCCACAUCUGGAUCCUUCGCGUUCUCAUGAUCGGCACGGUACUUUUCGGCUCGACAUACUUCUUCAUGGUCAUGUUCCAGUGCCGGCCAAUUCAGACGUUUUGGGAGCAAUCGCCACGCGCAGAGGGAAAGUGCUUCAACAAUCGUGUGGUUGUCAUCAUGACCUUCACGGCCUCGAUUAUCAACUGCCUUGCCGACUGGGCCUUUGGUAUUCUCCCCUUAUUCAUUGUCUGGUCGCUCUCCCUCCCCAAGCGCACCCGACUCCUCGCGUUCGGCAUCCUCUCAUUUGCUGCCAUCGGGUCUGCCGCGACCGUGGCAAGAUCCGUGUACAUACCGACCCUCCUCGACGGCGACGACUUCCUAUGGGCGACUACCGAUGUAGCGCUGUGGAGCACCGUCGAGCCCGGCAUCGGCAUCACUGCCGCGUCGCUCGCCACCCUCCGCCCUCUGUGGCAACUCGUAUGGUACCGCGCGGGCAUGCGGUCUCAGGCGCCUCGUGCGAUAGCGUGGCGAGAACGGUUCAAGGGGCAGCCGAGUUAUGUCCGCAGCGACGGCUCAGACCCCCGUCACCCGCGACACCCCGUGCCAGACGACGCACCCCUGGAAGAGAUCGAGGCUGAUAUCCGGGCCGAGUUUGAGGCGGAGGUGCCUCGCAUCGCUCGCUCCCAAGACGGCUACAGCUCGUCGGCACCGACGAGACGGAGCGGCUUGAGCAAGGACUUUAACCUCGCGUAUGAGAGAGAGAGGCGAGACGAAGAUGUGGAGUCCCUGGUGGUCACCCGCGACGACGGCGAUGGUGGGCAAUGGCUCUGUCCAUCACCCCGCGAAGAAGACAAUUCGUUUGAGCUCGAAGACGGCCUUCACUUGACACCGAAAGUGAGAUCACCCGCGCCGACCGUGAACUGGUGUUCGCCACGCAUGUCCGCCAUAUCCAUGGGCUUCGGCUCCUUCAACCGAGACAACCGCGACUCGACCCAUUCAGCCCUCACCCUGGGCGUCACCAACCACGACGGCGCAAACCCCACGAGCAACCGAGCGAGCAGGCUAAGCCGGCUGAGCAACGUCAGCAACCCUCACGAUAACCACAACAACAGCAACCGGGCGAGCAGACUGAGCACCCUCAACAGCCCAGGCCACCACUACCGAGACAGCAGGAUGACCGUGGAGACGUACACCAACACGACGAACCCGCGCCACAGCAGCAGGUUCGACAACCGCUACAGCCGGACGACGCGAGCCAGCAGCCACUACACGCGCGGCUCGCAGUUCCUGGCGCCGCCAUCGCCGGGAGACUUCCCCAUGCCUAGCCCUCCACCGAGUACGUGGCAGGUCAACGUCCCCGGGGGCAUGGACUCGGCGCAGUGGCUUUCGUCUCGGAUGGCGGAACACCCGGGUCAUCCUGGCAAGAAGCGGUAGACCAGACCUACGUGAAGGGGUUUACCUGCCUACUUUACCACAUUCUCAUCACCAUUUAGACAAAUAACUUGACAUUACCUAAUUAUCGACGACGACGAACAACUACAUAUACCCGGCGUACAGGAUACCACCACCAUUGAAAUUUCGGGAACGGGAGAAUAGGACGAGAGCAUAUUGACUCGUGUAGACGGGGGAAACAACAGGCUGGGUCGCCAUAAGAAUAUUCAAGCCUCGCCUACAGGGAGCAAACUUUGACUAGGCGGGCAAAUUACGUCGAGGGAGGAGCAAAAGACGGCAAUAUGCAAAAGGCCAGAGAAUAGUACGGCACAUGAUGUAUGAUAUAUAGAACUGACUUACCUGCCAAGGUAUCUCAAUAAUUCGACUUAAACUACCUCAACGAAUUUGGAAUACCUGUGCGAGGAUGUUACCACUAUUGUACCUGGGCACUUACACCUCAAUAAACGAGAGGUUC